AUGAGUGGAAAGGGCUGUCAGCUCCUGGUGUCUCCUUGCAGUGUGUCCCCAUCACUGAGCAUGAUCAGAGGACACCAGUCCAAAUCCAUCAGGAUACCCAUGUCUUCCCCUCAGUGGGACAAUCUGAGUCCCUCUUGGAGCAUCGACAGAGUGAAAAGAGGUGACUUUCACUCCUUUGCUCCUGGAAAACAGAGUGAAAGUCAUGUUGUUCUGCCAUCGCUGAGCCUCCGCAGACAGGUGUUGACCAACGGGAAACAUCUAAACACUGCAUCCCCACACCAGCAAGUGCCUACUCAUCAUCUUUCAACCAAAACAGGGACAAUGCAGACAGGACGCUGCUCCUCUAACAACAGCUUUAAAGCAGGUUGCUCUGUGUCUGGGCCUAUGGAAGUAUUUGGUCAGCCAGCCGCUGCUAACCUGACAGUGACCAGCAGCCCCAUGACCCUAACAGGCCACCGCUAUACAGCCGGGCCUGGAGCACAACACCCUCCAUCACUUCCACAUAGUGUGCAGAUUCCCCAAACUGAUGCCAGAUCAGUACAAUCCAGAGAAUCCCUGGCAUCCACUACCCUUAGUCUGUUUGACACACAGUCGAUGUUUAGUGGCAGACACGAAUACUCGUAUGGUUUCCGUGUGCUUCCUCCACUGGGUCUACCUCAGUUCCAGGCCCAGGCCAGCGAGGGGGGAGAGCAGCUCAGCCUGACCCCUGGCACGGCCAUGUCAGGUACGACCGUAUCAGGAGGCACCAGCAACUCUGCCUCCCUGCCCUCGUACCUCUUUUCAGCUGAUGCCGGAAGCCCCCGACAGUCUUGUGCUAAGAAGAGAGCUCUCUCCAUGUCGCCAUUGUCAGAUGUCAUGGGUAUUGAUUUCAACUCCAUCAUACGCACCUCACCUACUUCCCUCGUGGCUUAUAUCAAUGGUUCCCUCAGCUCUCCAGCCUCCCACCCCACACUCUCACCUGUCCAAUCAGAAGGUUAUGGGCACUUCCUGGGAGUGAGAGGCUGCUGCAUCCCCAAUGGCCAUCCCUACGGCAUGCCAGGCUCUUCGCAGGCUCUGGCCACACAGACAGAUUAUAGCCGUAUGCAGAUGCUUGAAGAGGGAGGGGGUCUGGAGAGCCAGAUGGCUAACAUGGUGGUGGACCAGCAGUGCCUCCCAGAGGAAGGAGGGGCACUGGAAAAGACUAAAGGGAGCUGCAGCCAAUUCACCCACAACCUGCUGCCGCCUCCACAGAUACAGCCAGCCCUGCUGACUACCAUCCAAGAGGCUGCUGCUCUACAGGGGCCUCCACCACCCUACCACUCACACCAGCACUUCCACCUCAAUAGACAUCAAUGCAAAAUAAAGCCCCGUUCGCAGGACUCUCUCAAGCACGCUCCCAUGGUUCAUCCAAGGCAUGGGGUGAGCUUUCUGCCACAGGUCCCUAUGCUGGAGGAGGAGGAGGGAGAGCUGGAGGAAUACGGGGCACAGUGCUGCAGGUGGUUGGACUGCAGUGCAGUCUAUGACCAAAGGGAGGAGCUGGUGAGGCACAGAAAACUGCAUGUGGACCAGCGGAAAGCCGAUGAUUUUACAUGCCACUGGGCGGGCUGUCCACGCAACUUCAAGGCCUUCAAUGCCCGAUACAAGCUUCUCAUCCACAUGAGGGUUCAUUCGGGAGAGAAACCCAACAAGUGCACGUUCGAGGGCUGUAAGAAGGCUUUCUCUCGGCUAGAAAAUCUGAAGAUCCACCUGCGCAGCCACACGGGGGAGAAACCCUACCUGUGUCAGCACCCAGGAUGUUACAAGGCCUUCAGCAACUCAAGUGACAGAGCCAAGCACCAGCGUACACACCUGGACACAAAGCCAUACACGUGUCAGGUGCCGGGCUGUGCUAAGCGUUAUACUGAUCCCAGCUCCUUGAGGAAACACGUGAAAUCUCACUCUACUAAAGAACGGCAGUCACGUAAGAAGAUGAAAUCCACUGCUGAUGGGGCUCAGGACUCGCUGAUAGACUGUUUAACCAUUCACCCUCUGCAGCCGAGCCUUUCUCCUCUGGCAAGCAUAGACUCCUCCCCUGGCGUACCCCUUGAAUCAUAUUCUGCUGCUGCACAGGGACAAGACUCCAGCAAUCCCCACCUGGCUUUACUGUGCUCUUUACAAGAUACAUACAGGUUUGUUGAUCCCUCCCCCCACCAGCUCCUCCCCAGAGAGCAGUGUGGGCCGCAUCCUCCCACUGGGACCUCCCUGCAGAACAACAGAGAUCUGAAGCAGCCCAGCCAGUCUCCUGAUCUGGCACAUCACAACCCAGGGCUCUCAGGGCAGAUUAAGAUGCUAUAUUCUCCUCCACAAUACGGUGGGAUCACAGCACAGACCAGCUCGAGUCACCUGAUGCAAGUUGAUGCCUUUGGUGACAGCAAGGCUCCAGCAGUCAAUAAUCCCAGUGGGAUGCCACUACAAACAGCUCUUUCCUGCAUUACAGGUUUUGAUGUCCACAGUCCAGCACAGGAUGUGGUUCCGUAUCAAGAAUUGCAUGGAGGGGAUUUCUUCAGUGUGGCAGACCACUGCACAAGCCAGCUCUCCUGCAUCUACACAGAGGGAUGAUGUUACUUAAAUGUAUUUAUAUGUUAUUACUUUUGCACUAUUUUGUGUCCCUGUUCCAUUUAAGUCACGCGACGGUCAAUAGUAAGAACACUUAAGAUGAUGCCACAACUUGGCGGUAGCUUCAUUUAGUUUAAUAAAGGGAUCUUUGAUUGAUGGAUUGAUUGAAAGCAAUCUAAGAUGCUGCUCCCUGGGUUUCUCUGGGAAUUGAUUCUUUUGUCUCUUCUCUAAAUGUACUGUCUGACUUAACACUCAUAAUCAAUGUAUUCUAAUGACUAAGCCUACAGGAUUUUAAUGUUAACUUUCUCAGUUUGUAUACAACUUGUGUAUAACUAUGUUCAUUUAGUAAGUAAUUAUACAUCUAGAGUACAUAUCUACAUCGUCAAAAAUGUAACAAUGCAUUUGAAGCAAAGUAUGCCAGGGAUCUUUUAUUAAGGUUUUUCUUAGAACCAUUGCUUUGUAACUAUAGUAACAAGACAGCCUUACCAUUUCACUGUACUGUUCAUAGACAUAACCUGUUGUUUGAGGAUCAUACUGUUAUAUGCUUUGAUUGGUCCUGUGUGUGCAUGAGGCGGGUUUCUGUUGGUGACCACUCUAGUGAGUUAUUUACAGCAAAUUACUCUUAGGUCACAUUGCAGUUAACCCUAUCUGAUUGAAGGGCAUAGUGCUGUCCAAAAACAACAAUAUGGCAAUGGCCAAAAACCAAUUGAAAAUGACAAACAUAAGACUUAAAAAUGAUAGCCAACAAACCAAUGGGUGACCGUGUGUUCAGGGUGACUAUGUCCACUUCUGUGUGUAUAUAAUCUAUAAUAGAGCCUUCUUUGUUUGUUUAUUUAAAGUAAAUCAACUUCAACAAUUUGACAUCUCCUUGGGUUACCAGCAAUACAUCUGCUAAGUAUAAAGUAGAUUUGAUGAAUGGUUCUUUAGACAUGCAAAGGGACAUUUCCACAUACAGACCGAUCGAGAUUCUCUGCUUUAUAGUUGGACUAAACUGUAGAUGGACUAAAAUAUGCAAAAAAGUUAUUUAACGUUUGAAUACAUUUGAAAUGGAUCAAUAAAGUAAUUCAUUGGUA